CCCAUAAACACUACUUCGACGUCUCCACAGAAACGGGCUGCACUCAACGGAAGUGACGACCUGUAACGUCACAGGAAGUCUUAAUGCAAGCCGGAAGCUGAACGUGCCAUGAUUAAGAGGUUUUCUGUCCUGAUCGGGAGGGCUGUAUCAGCCCAUUGUCUUGAUGUUCCAAUGUACGCUCCACAACAUGUACGAUACCUGGCCGCUAAACCGGCUAGAGUACAUGGCAAAGGUAAGAAGUUUAUCAUGAAACCAGUGAAAUUAGAGAAACAGGAGAAGCAAGAAGUGGAGAUCAAACAAUCAAUGACUGUGUCUCAACUUGCUGAGGCUAUGAACAAAGACAUAGAUCAUGUAUAUGAGGCUCUACUGAACACAGCUAUAAACAUCAAUGAUCUGGAACCAGACACUGUGUUAGAGGAGAAGUGGCUAAAAGAGGCUAUAAAGAGGUCUGGGAUGAAGUACAAAUGGGCCAAGAUAGUGGAGAAUGACGUCAGAGAAAACAAAGACAUCCAGAGACAGCCACCACCAGAUCCUGCUAACUUAGUGAAUAGACCUCCAGUAGUAACUAUUAUGGGGCAUGUGGAUCAUGGGAAGACGACACUGCUGGACAGCCUAAGGAAGAGCCAGAUUGCUGUACAAGAGGCUGGAGGCAUCACUCAACACACUGGAGCAUUUCUGGUCCAGCUUCCUUCUGGUGAACUCAUUACAUUUCUGGACACUCCUGGACAUGCAGCAUUUUCUGCUAUGAGGGCCCGUGGAGCCUUGGUUACUGAUAUCAUCAUUCUGGUGGUUGCAGCUGAUGACGGCGUGAUGAAGCAGACCAUCGAGUCAAUACAGCAUGCCAAGAAGGCGAAAGUACCAAUCAUUGUGGCAGUGAAUAAAUGUGAUAGACCUCAGGCAGAGCCCCAGAAAGUGAAACAAGCAUUGCUCGCCCAUGAUGUUGUGUGUGAAGAGUUUGGAGGAGAUGUCCAGGCUAUCCAUGUGUCUGCUCUAAAGGGGGAGAAUCUGAUGGAGCUGGCUGAAUCCAUAGUAGCACUUGCUGAGAUGCUGGAACUGAAAGCAGACCCCAAGGGUCUAGUAGAAGGGACUGUCAUCGAAAGCCGUACAAGCAAGGGCAAAGGACCUGUUACCAUGGCAAUAAUAAAACGGGGCACUCUAAAGAAGGGCUGCACUCUGGUGGCAGGAAAGGCCUGGGCUAAAGUGCGCUUACUGUUUGAUGAGAACGGCCAAACUUUGACAAAUGCAGCACCUGGUGUUCCUGUGGAGAUUGUUGGCUGGAAGGAACUACCUUCUGUUGGCGAAGAAAUUUUGGAGGUCGAGUCUGAGCAAAGGGCUCGUGAGGUAGUGGAGUGGCGCACAUACAUGGAAGAACAGAACAAGCUGAAGGAGGAUCAGCAUGCCAUUGAGGUCAAGCAGAAGCAACACCAAGAGAGCUAUCAGAAAGAAAGGGAGAGACUAGCACAUCUCAACUGGAGGCAGAAGAAAUUAGCGCUCUACAAGGCCAACAAACACCAUAUAGCCUCCAGACCCAGCGAGAAAACCAAGGAUGAGGAUCUCAGUCUGAGUCUCAUUGUCAAAGGUGAUGUUGAUGGGUCAGUGGAGGCCAUUUUGAACAUCCUUGCAAGUUAUGAUGCAGAGGAACAGUGUGGGUUAAACAUAGUGCAUUUUGGUGUUGGGGACAUCACAGAAAAUGACCUUAACCUAGCAGAGACUUUCUCGGGAACAAUAUAUGGUUUCAACAUUGUAGCUAAUAAGUCAAUACAAGACAUAGCUGCCAAGAAGGGCGUUCCCUUAAAGAUGCAUCGUGUCAUCUACCACCUAGUGGAUGACUUGAAAGAGGAGCUUAGCAGUAAACUACCCCCAAUCACUGAGGAGAAUAUAGUAGGAGAGGCCUCUGUUUUGGCCACGUUCGAUGUGACUGUAGGAAAGAAGAAGGUCCCAGUGGCUGGCUGCAGAGUGCAGAAGGGUCAGCUGGACAAGAAGAUGAAUUUCCGACUCAUUCGAGGAAAAGAGGUUCUUUGGGAAGGGGCUUUGACUGCAUUAAAACAUCAUAAAGAUGAUGUGCAAGUCGUGAAGACGGGCAUGGAGUGCGGACUGUCUUUGGACAAGGUUAUUGAAUUUAAACCUGGAGAUGAAAUUAUCUGUUAUGAGGAGACGGAGAAUCAGCAAAGAAUAUAUUGGGAUCCAGGAUUUUGAGAGACCAAGUGCCAAAAAAUCAGUGACAUCACUGGCAUGUGGUGAUCAAGAUAGAUAUUCUGUCAGAUUAUUGCAUCCAUAUUAGGAUGUGACUGGUAGGUUGUGUUAAUAAUUUAUUCCAUGAUUAAAAUAAAUGUGUACAAAAAGAAA